GGCUUCUAAAAAUGUAAAAAAGUAUGAUUGCACUUUUAGUCAUUUCAAUACAUUCAAACAUUGCUCACCGGCAUUAGUGCCUAGUUCAGCGAUGUGAUAGUAUUUAGCCAAGCGUAGAGCAUGCCACCAUUAGUCAGUGCGAUCCGGCUAGCGAUUGUUGUUCUAUCCACCUGCCCCCUCUCAGUAUUCAGUCAAACCGUCGAUAACGAAGCACAGUAUUCUCCAAAAAUGGCCCCAACCGUUGACGCCCAGUUCGUACGCAAAACAAAUGACUUCGCUUUGGAGUUGUACAAGCAAAUAAUUUCUACCGAAAAGAAAAAUGUCGUCAUUUCGCCAUUCUCCAUCAGCAGUUGCUUGUCACUGGCUGCCAUGGGAGCCAGUGGGUCCACCGCUGAAGAAAUGCUCCGUACCCUGAAAUACGACCCAGAGCAAAAGACUCUAGUAUCAGACAACUAUGGCAAUGUUCUGAGCAGCCUAGAUGGUAACAAAAGCCUUAAAAUUGCCAAUAAAAUGUACAUCAUGGAGAAGUAUUCGGUUAAGCAAAAGUUCCAAGACCUCGCACAAAAAGGCUUCCGUUCGGAGGCCGAGUUGAUCAACUUCCAGGACAACGCUGUAGCAGCCAAGAAGAUAAACACCUGGGUGGAGCAAAAAACAAACAACAAGAUCAAGGAUUUGAUCUCGGAAGAUUCGUUGGAUGAUAUGACACGAUUGGUACUGGUCAAUGCCAUUCAUUUCAAGGGCACAUGGACUCACCAGUUUAACCCAGAAAACACCAGACCGAUGCCUUUCUGGACAAGCGAGACCGCGUCUGUUGACGUACCCAUGAUGAACACCAAGAAACACUUCAAGCAUGGAGUUUUCGAAGAACUUGGCUUUGCUGCACUAGAACUUACCUACAGCGAUAGCGACGUGAGCAUGCUUAUUCUGCUCCCGAACGAACGCAAUGGGCUCUCUAAACUAGAGGAAAAUCUGCAGAACAUCGAUAUUCCUGACCUGCUCACCAAGAUGUACAGCCAAGAAGUAGAAGUAUUUUUACCGAAGUUCAAAAUUGAAUUUACUUUGGAUCUCAAGGAAACGCUGGAGAAGCUUGGAAUGGGAACCAUGUUCGGUGACCAUGCCGACUUCAGCGAAUUGCUGGAACAGAAUGAGCCACUGAAGGUGUCCAAGGUUGUGCAUAAAGCAUUCAUCGAGGUCAACGAGGAAGGAGCGGAGGCGGCGGCUGCUACGGGGGCAAUUGUUCGAAUGAAAAGAUGCAUAGUUUCACUACAACCAACGGUGUUCAACGCGGAUCACCCUUACCUAUUUGUGCUGAUGAAGGAUAAGCAACAAUUGUUUAUGGGAAGAUACUCUGACAUGGGUAAAAGGCCAGAGUUGCGCCAUGAGGAGCUUUAAAACGAAAUUUUGAAAAUACAUCUCAUGUCUAUCAGAACAAAAUA